AUGACCUCAGAUUGUUUGUUCAUUUGGUCAUCUCCUCUUCAAACGAAACAGUCAUGGUAUGUAAAUAAUGUUAGUAUGUGUGGUGUUCGUGGAGUGAUCGCUUCACUGACCGAUGGCUAUCAGGCAAAAUUAGUCUCAGUGGAUACCGGAACAGGUAAAACGGCCGCAAAAUGGAAUCAAAUGUCAUCCACAACGAUAGUGUCGAUGGAUUAUUCACAUACCAAACAAGUUUCAUUUGCGUUCGAUAAGGAUGGUGGCAUUUGGCAGUUGGAUUUACGCUCAAAUGAUAUAUGUCAGAAUCGUUCAUCCAUGUUCCCGAAUGAAAGCGCUGAAAAUUGUGUUCACUACGGUACGAUAAGCAAUGAUGGUCAUUCAAUCGCUAUCGCACUCACUUUUGCAAAUGAGCCCACGAAAGCAACGAAUAAGAAGAAAAAGAAACGUCAAGGUGGUGGCGAUCAAUCUUCAGAUUCCGAUGUUGAAAGCGUUGAGCCAUUCACACAUUCUGUGCAGUUGUGGGAUGCAAGAAAUAUGGCGUCCUGUCUCCAUUCGUAUAAUCAGAUUCAUAAUGACGAUAUUCAGUCUUUAACGUUUAGUAGCGAUCAGCCGCAUUUAUUGGCAUCAGGCGGUGCAGAUGGGCUUGUGAAUGUAUUCGAUUCGCGAAUUGUAAACGAAGAUGAUGCACUACAGUCCACAAUUCCGAUGGAAUCGUCUGUGAAUCGAGUUGGAUUUCUUUCGUCAAAUCGAGCUUUUGCGAUCACUGAUGAUAAUUGUUUUUCUUUGCUACGCAUCAAUUCUGCGGACGAUAUUGACGUUAUCUCCAGAAAAAAACAGCCGUUCAAUGGUAAAUUCAUUGUCGAUAUUCUCGAUUGUGAUCAAAGUGAUUGCUUUUAUGUGAUGGAAAGUAGUGGUGAAGGACACGCAACUGUACAUAUGGUCACUAAUAAUGGAUCAGAAAUAAGUGUCGUGAGAGAAUAUUCUGUGCAUAAGGAUUUAGUGCGAUGCGUUGAUUACGAUCUGAAUCAACGACUGAUGGUGAGUGGUGGAGAUGAUGCGCGGAUAGUUGGAUGUGAAUUAUUGCCACCGAAUACGGAUUUGUUCGUGGCCAAAUCAAAGCCGAAAAUGAAGGGCAGUUCACUGAAACGAAAGCCUUAUGCACGAUAG